AUGCCAGACAUUAGGAGAGACUAUAGAGAUCGCGCCAACUACGGACUCGCUUUCUUGGAAAUUCACUCCAUUCUAGACGAAGCUCAAAUUCUCUCGGUCAAGAAAGUGCUGAAAUCCCUUGUGGAAGGCAACGCGAUCGGUAAGGGAUGCUCGGGAGUAGCCUAUCGCGUGGAGCUCAAAAACGGCAAAGUGAAAAAAUUUGAUCGACAUGACGCGUGCCGACACUCGGGUCCAUCUGGCUUAAACCAUAACACGAGGCUGCUUAUGUACGAUUACAUGGCAAACGAAAGCCUGACGUGGCUGCCUGGAGUGGAACGUGACGCUGCUUAUCCUGUUACAAAGAUGUCGGAAGAAGAUUGGGAGUAG